UUCCAACAUGGCAGCUGUAUAGAAAACAUCUUAUCAUGAGUAAAGCAAUCGAAACGGUCCGUCUAGAGGAUAAAACGUUUUGCUUGCAUUAGAAAGAGAUGUCAGAUUGUCACAAGUGCAAGAAGCCUGUCUAUUUCGCGGAACGACGGACAUCACUUGGAUUUGACUGGCACCCUGAGUGUUUACGAUGUGAGGAGUGCAGCAAGCGACUAAAUCCCGGUCAACAUGCUGAGCACAAGGGGAUUCCUUACUGCAACAUGCCGUGCUACAGUACGCUGUUCGGGCCCGCUGCGUUCGGUUACGGAUUCAAGACCGAGGCGCACAUGAGCUACAGCAAGCGGGAGCUCAACCCUUCAUCUCCGCUCAAAACCGAUGAGAUUCUUGUGAAACUGAAGGCAUACAAUGCCUACUAUGAGGGCAAGGCUGGUCAAAUCACACACAGAAAUAGGAACGGACGCUGCAUACUCGAGGGCAUCCUCAAGAUCUACUGGGGAGUCAGUCGACUCAUCUUCCUGCGCGAGAAGGACAAUGUUCCGCUGUCGUCGUUUCGCAGAGGGCGCCGCCUGACAGCCCGUCGACAACGACGUCGACGUGCGUACCACCGAGCACAGUGGUGCCGCCGCCGCCGACGGAGCGGCCGCGCGGAAACAAGAGAGCGCCGAAAACGUGGUGCCACCGGACGCCGAGGUUCCCGUCACCAGCGGAGGGGAGGUGUGGCCGGGAGUGAACAACCCCUACCUGACGAUCCAUCCACGCCUCGGCCUGAACUCGCAUCGCUAUAGCAACGAUGACUCGCCCACCUCAGACUCCAGCUCAAACGCAAGCAC